AUGGCCCCUCCUAGCGUGUUGAUGGUCGGCACCGGCGAGUACACCACCGGCUUUGUCGGUGGUGGUGCAUCUGGUUCAGACAAGAAGGUCGGCGUGGUUGGCCUGACUCUGUUCGACCUGCGUCGUCGGGGUAAAGUGGGCGAGUUGAGCAUGGUGGGCGUGUCGGGCAAGAAGUUCCCUGGCAUUCGUGACCAUCUGCACCGUAACAUCUCUCAAGUAUACAACAGCCUCGACACCUCUUUCACCUCCUUCCCUGCCGAUGACCAAACCGACCCGGAUGCCUACAAGACGGCAAUUGAUGCCCUCCCCAAGGGUUCCGCCAUCACCAUCUUCACCCCCGACCCAACCCACUUCCCCAUUGCUCUGUAUGCUAUCGAGCGCGGCAUCCACGUCAUGAUCACCAAGCCCGCAACACAGCGUCUGGCCGACCACCUGGCCCUGGUCGAGGCCGCGCGCAAGCACGGCGUCUUCGUCUUUGUCGAGCACCACAAGCGCUUCGAUCCGGCAUACUCGGACGCGCGCGCCAAAGCCCGCACCCUCGGCGACUUCAACUACUUCUACAGCUACAUGAGCCAGCCCAAGAGCCAGCUGGAGACCUUCAAGGCGUGGGCCGGCCGCGACUCCGAUAUCUCAUACUACCUGAAUUCCCACCACAUCGACAUUAACGAGAGUAUGGUGCCGGACUACAAGCCUGUGCGGGUCACAGCAACGGCAUCCCAGGGCAUUGCGGCAUCUAUUGGCUGCGUCCCUGAGACCGAGGAUACCAUUACGCUACUGGUGGAGUGGCGGCGCAAGGAUAACCCGGCGAAGAUCGCGACUGGCGUGUACACGGCCAGCUGGACCGCACCACAGAAUGCGGGCGUGCACUCGAAUCAGUAUUUCCACUAUAUGGGCGCCAACGGCGAGAUCCGUGUGAACCAGGCCAAGCGCGGCUACGAUGUGACUGGUGACGACCAGGGUUUGAUCUGGGUGAACCCCUUCUAUAUGCGCUAUGCUCCCGACGAGGAGGGCAACUUCGGCGGUCAGACUGGCUAUGGCUAUGUCAGCUUCGAAAAAUUCAUUGACGCUGUGACGGCUGUCAAUGAGGGACGGGUCACACUCGACCAGCUGGAUGCUCGCCCGCUCCCGACGUUGAGGAACACCAUUGCCACCACCGCCAUCCUGGACGCUGGUCGCAAGUCCCUGGAUGAGCGGCGGCCAGUAGAGAUUGUUUCGGAGGGAGACAAGUGGGAGCUAAAGUAA